UAAUUUUAAGCCGAGCGCAUUCAACAAAUGUAAGUUAGUAAUAAAUAAUAAAUAUAACGAAUAUAAUAAUUAUGAAAAUGAUAAUUCCACAUAUUCUUCACCGUUUAGGCACGAAUGCGAAUGCAAGAAGCACAUCGCCAAAUCCUUCAACCCACCUGGCUCUCGGACAGUAGUCGCGCCGAAAAGCCCUCUGAUGGCACCGUACGCAUCACGCCCGAGAAUCUGCGCGAGACGGCUGAGUGGCGUGCGAUCAUACAAAAGGCGGUUAACGAAGGGCGUUACGCGGUAGACAUCGAUGAGGAAACACCACAAUUUAAUCCAGAAGAUCGUUUUCGUCCUCAGCCAUUUCCGCCACCACAAUUCGGUCCACCAUCUUUAGCACCGUUCAAUCCACCUCAUUGGCCACUUCAAUUUGAAGUGCCCACAAUGGCGCCUUGGCUACCGCUGGAACCGCCGACGCAGCCCAAUCCAAUGCAACGCAUGUGGAGCGAUUUUAUGGAGAAUACGCGUCGAAUGUGGGAACAGCAUUAGGUUGUAAGAGAAAAAAUAUUCAUAAAUGUGCAAUCUUUUGUUUGUGGCAAGUUUAUUUUUAAGUUAUAGUGUUUUUAAGCUAAAAAAGUAAGGUUAUGUAUAUAAAUAAUUUGUUGUGUUUAAACAUUUACAUAUUUAUGCUAGUUUAUGAAAGUUUAUUUGUUUGUAAAUAUGUAAUGUAUGCUUUUACCUGUUCAGUAUUAUUUUUUAUUUUUGAAUAUUUCUUCUGUACAGAAUUUGUGUUAUUAAGCAUUCAAAGAAAAAAAAUUGUUAUUCUAUUGUUA